GGGACAUGCAGCGCGCCGAAGGCGGCCGGCGGGGGCUCUAGGCGCGGGCGCAGCUCCCCUUCCCUGCGGACCCUCCGGUGGACAUGGGUGGGGCCCUGGGGCCAGCCCUGCUGCUCACCUCACUCCUGGGUGCCUGGGCAGGGCCGGGCUCGGGGCCAGGCGAGCAGGCCAUGACAGUGGCUGCGGUGUUUGGCAGCUUGGGGCCGCCACAGGCCCAGGUCCGUGCCCGCCUGACUCCCCAGAGCUUCCUGGACCUGCCCCUGGAGAUCCAGCCCCUCACCAUGGGGGUCAACAACACCAACCCCAGCAGCCUCCUCACCCAGAUCUGUGGACUCCUGGGUGCUGCCCGUGUCCAUGGCAUCGUCUUCGAGGACAACGUGGGCACGGAGGCCGUGGCCCAGAUCCUCGACUUCAUCUCCUCCCAGACCCACGUGCCCAUCCUCAGCAUCAGUGGGGGCUCCGCUGUGGUCCUCACCCCGAAGGAGCCGGGCUCCGCCUUCCUGCAGCUGGGCGUGUCCCUGGAGCAGCAGCUGCAGGUGCUGUUCAAGGUGCUGGAGGAGUACGACUGGAGCGCGUUCGCCGUCGUCACCAGCCUGCACCCGGGCCACGCGCUCUUCCUCGAGGGCGUGCGCGCCGUCGCCGACGCCAGCUACGUGGGCUGGCGGCUGCUGGACGUGCUCACGCUGGAGCUGGGCCCGGGCGGGGCGCGCGCGCACACCCAGCGCCUGCUGCGCCAGCUCGACGCGCCCGUGCUCCUGGCCUACUGCUCGCGCGAGGAGGCCGAGGUGCUGUUCGCCGAGGCGGCGCGGGCCGGCCUGGUGGGGCCCGGGCACGUGUGGCUGGUGCCCAGCCUGGCGCUGGGCAGCACCGACGCGCCGCCCGCCUCCUUCCCCGUGGGCCUCAUCAGCGUGGUCACCGAGAGCUGGCGCCUCAGCCUGCGCCAGAAGAUCCGCGACGGCGUGGCCAUCCUGGCCCUGGGCGCCCACGGCUACCGGCGCCAGCACGGCGCCCUGCCCGCCCCGGCCGGGGACUGCCGCGGCCACCCCGGGCCCGUGGGCCCAGCGCGGGAGGCCUUCUACAGGCACCUGAUGAACGUCACCUGGGAGGGCCGAGACUUCUCCUUCAGCCCCGGGGGGUACCUGGUCCAGCCCUCCAUGGUUGUGAUCGCCCUCAACCGGCAUCGCCUCUGGGAGAUGGUGGGGCGCUGGGAGCGCGGCGUCCUCCACAUGAAGUACCCGGUGUGGCCGCGCUACAGCGCCUCCCUGCAGCCCGUGGUGGACAGCCGGCACCUGACGGUGGCCACGCUGGAAGAGCGGCCCUUCGUAAUCGUGGAGAGCCCCGACCCUGGCAUGGGCGGCUGCGUGCCCAACACCGUGCCCUGCCGCAGACAUAGCAACCACACCUUCAGCAGCAGAGAUGCCGCCCCCUACACCAAGCUUUGCUGUAAGGGCUUCUGCAUCGACAUCCUCAAGAAGCUGGCUAAGGUGGUCAAGUUCUCCUACGACCUGUACCUGGUGACCAAUGGCAAGCAUGGCAAGAGGGUGCACGGUGUGUGGAACGGCAUGAUCGGGGAGGUGUACUACAAGCGGGCAGACAUGGCCAUUGGCUCCCUCACCAUCAACGAGGAGCGCUCUGAGAUCGUGGACUUCUCUGUGCCCUUCGUGGAGACGGGCAUCAGCGUGAUGGUGGCACGCAGCAACGGCACUGUCUCCCCCUCGGCCUUCCUCGAGCCCUACAGCCCCGCAGUGUGGGUGAUGAUGUUCGUCAUGUGUCUCACCGUGGUGGCCAUCACUGUCUUCAUGUUCGAGUACUUCAGCCCCGUCAGCUACAACCAGAACCUCACCAGCGGCAAAAAGUGUGGGGGCCCGUCCUUCACCAUCGGCAAGUCCGUGUGGCUGCUGUGGGCGCUGGUCUUCAACAACUCGGUGCCCAUCGAGAACCCCCGCGGCACCACCAGCAAGAUCAUGGUGCUGGUCUGGGCCUUCUUUGCCGUCAUCUUCCUUGCCAGCUACACCGCCAACCUGGCCGCCUUCAUGAUCCAGGAGCAGUAUAUUGACACCGUAUCUGGCCUCAGCGACAAGAAGUUUCAGCGGCCGCAAGGCCAGUACCCCCCCUUCCGCUUCGGCACGGUGCCCAAUGGCAGCACGGAGAGGAACAUCCGCAGCAACUACCGCGACAUGCACACCCACAUGGUCAAGUUCAACCAGCGCUCGGUGGAGGACGCGCUCACCAGCCUUAAGAUGGGGAAGCUGGACGCCUUCAUCUACGACGCCGCUGUCCUCAACUACAUGGCGGGCAAGGACGAGGGCUGCAAGCUGGUCACCAUCGGGUCCGGCAAGGUCUUCGCCACGACUGGCUACGGCAUCGCCAUGCAGAAGGACUCCCACUGGAAGCGGGCCAUCGACCUGGCACUGCUGCAGUUCCUGGGGGACGGGGAGACACAGAAGCUGGAGACCGUGUGGCUCUCCGGGAUCUGCCAGAACGAGAAGAACGAGGUCAUGAGCAGCAAGCUGGACAUCGACAACAUGGCGGGUGUCUUCUACAUGCUGCUGGUGGCCAUGGGGCUGGCCCUGAUGGUCUUCGCCUGGGAGCACCUGGUCUACUGGAAGCUGCGCCACUCUGUGCCCCCCGUGGCCCGGCUGGACUUCCUGCUGGCCUUCAGCAGGGGCGUCUACAGCUGCUUCAGCGGGGUGCAGGGCCCGACUAGCCCCGCGCCGCCGCCCAGCCCGGACCUCCCGGCCAGCUCGGCCCAGGCCAGCGUGCUCAAGAUGCUGCAGGCGGCGCGCGACCUGGUGACCACGGCCGGCGUCAGCAGCUCCCUGGACCGCGCCGCGCGCACCAUCGAGAACUGGGGGGGCGGCCGCCGCGCGCUGCCGGCCUGCCCGCGUCCGACCACCCCUGGCGCGCGCCCCGAGCCGAGCCCCCAGGCUUGGGAGCCGCCGGGCAGGGGCCGCGCCCCUCUUUUGCGCAGGGCCCCGCCCCCCCGGGGCCACCCCCCGACGCCUGAGCCGACCCCACCCGACGUCCCGCGGGACGCCCGCAGGCUGGCCUGGGGGGCCCGGUGGCCGGCGCGGGCGGCGCGCGGCGGGAGGCACCUCGCGGCCUCCAAGUGGCGCGCGCUCCCAGCUCGCCCCCUGUCGCCCGCGCGCUGCCCCCACAGCUCCUUCCCUCGACCCGACCGGCCGGGGCGCCCCUUCUUCCCGCUCUUCCCCGAGCCCCCGGAGCCGGAGGACCUGCCGCUGCUCGGGCCCGAGCCGCUGGCCCGGCGGGAGGCUCUGCUGCGUGCGGCCUGGGCCCGGGGCCCGCGCCACGCUUCCCUGCCCAGCUCGCUGCCCGCCGCGUGCGCCCGCCCGGCCUGCGUCUGCGCCUGCGCCUGCCGCGACGCCCGCCUGGCCUGGAGGCGCUUGGCGCACGCGCGUUCCACGCGGCUGCCGUGCUACCCGGAGGCCUGCCUGGAGGGCGCGGCAGGGGCCCCCGCCUGGAUGCACAGACAGCACGCCUGCCUCCACGCCCGGGCCCACCUGCCGCUGUGCUGGAGGGCUGCCUGCCCUCAUCUCCCACCCUGUGUCAGCCACGGCACCUGGUUCACUGGGGCCUGCGGGCCUCAGGGCCACAGGGGCAGGACCCUGGGGCUGAGCACAGGCUACAGGGACAGUGGGGGCCUGGAAGAGGUCGGCCUGGCGGCAUGUGGAAUGCACGGCUUCCGGCGACCUGGCACCUGGAGGCGGAUCUCCAGCUUGGAGUCAGAAGUGUGAACUGGACUGUGUGGGUGUCAGCUACUCGGGUUCCAGACACUGCCAGGGGUUGGGGGCAGGGGGAUUUCUGCAGGAAUCCUGGCCGGGGGACCGCAGUGACAGACAGCGUCUCCCAUGGUCAGCUCCGUGACCUCAGCAGCCUCAUGUGCUGGCGUGGGCUGGGCUGUUGCUGUCCCUUAUCACACAAGCGCUUCCCACCCUUCUACUGAGUGGUGUCUGACUCACCAGAGUCUCCCUGGCCGGGGCUGUGGGGGGCUUGGUGGUGGGCGAUGCAGGCUGGAACCCAGGGACGCCGGGGCCGUACUCUCCUGCUCCUUUCCCACCUGCCUGGAGUUUCUUCCCAUCA